AUGGCCCCUCGGACUCACAUCGCUGUCCUCGGCGGCGGAAUCUCGGGUCUGUCUACGGCAUGGUACCUAGCAAGGACAGCACCUCCCAACGUCAAGAUCACUCUCAUCGAAGGAGCCAAACGAACAGGAGGAUGGUUGCAUUCAGAUCGUGUCGCCGACCCUCAACACCCAAACGGAAAGGGCUCUGUUCUCCUGGAAAGUGGGCCUCGUUCGCUGCGACCGCAAGGUGUCAGCGGCCUCAACACCCUUGAAAUGGUCAGAGAACUCGGCCUGGACUCAAAGAUCGAACCAGUGUCCAAAUCGUCGCCAGCCGCCAUGAACCGAUACAUUUAUUCACACAAGACCCUCCACAAGCUACCUUCGUCCAUCAUGGGUGCUUUGACACACCCCCUCCUCGCCGCAAAGAUACCCCGGGCUGGACUGGAUCUGGUCAAGGGCGGGAGCGGACAGGAGGACGAGAGUAUCCAGGACUUUGUCACCCGUCGUUUUGGCAAAGGGUUUUCGGACGACUUGAUCUCGGCAAUGGUGCAUGGUAUUUAUGCGGGUGAUGUCACCAAGUUAUCGGUCCGGUCGACGUUCGGGAUGCUGUAUCAUAUGGAGAAGGAUUAUGGAUCUGUUGUGUUGGGGAUGCUGUUGGGCGGUGGUGCGGUUGAGACGCCGUGGGAUCUGACGCUGAAGGAGAAGAUUAUCAAGGAGAUGCCGGAUCUGCAGGAGUUUGUAAGCAAGACGAGCAUCUAUUCGUUUACGGAUGGACUGGAGGAGUUGUCGCGGUCUCUGGAGAAGGAUCUUGUGAAGGGUGGUCGUGUUGACAUUCACAAGGACAGUAUCGUUGAAAAGUUGGACGCCAACCUUGACAGCCGUGAUGUUCGGAUAUCGAUCAAGGGACAGGAACCAGUCCACGCCAACACGGUCAUCUCAGCACUACCACCUCUCAAACUCCAAAAGCUCCUGUCAAAGCCCUACCCAGAAUUGACUCACAACCCCUCGGUCACAGUCGCCGUCGUCAACCUCGUCUACUCAGCCGACCAGGCUCGUCUGGCUUCACCCGGGUUCGGAUACCUGAUCCCUCGUUCGGAAAACUCUGCUGUCAACCAUCGGGGACUCCUGGGUGUUGUCUUUGACUCUUGCGCGAUCCCGGAGCAAGACAAAGGGGAGAGCCAAGGCAAGACUUUGAAAUUGACGGCCAUGAUUGGAGGGCACAUGUUUAACGAGGCCCUCUCUCAACUCGCGUCUGGAUCCGGUUCUGGAGCAUCGACAUUGGAUUUGGAGUUGACCGGAUCGCACAAGGAGGAUGUGAAUGAGUUCUUUGCGAAGACUGCGAUGGACGCUGUCAAGAAACAUUUAAAGAUCGAUGCGGCGCCCGAAUUGGUCAAGGUUCAUAUCCACCAUGAGUGCAUUCCGCAGUACCUCGUCGGUCACUUGCAGCGCAUGCAGACCUUGGAUCAGUCCUUCCGAAAGGACUUUGAUGGACUCUUGGGUGUCACGGGGGCUGGGUACCUGGGCAUCAGUGUCAAUGACUGUAUCAAGAACGCCAGGGAGGUCGCUGAGGCUGUGGUGUCGAAACUGGAGGAAGAGGAUGAUGGAGAGGCUCAGCUUGUUGGACGCCAGGAUGCCAUCACAGGCCUUGAGCGUUCCUGGUUCUUGUAA